AUGCAAACCUCGGAUGCAUCGAGCAUUUCGAACAGCGCGCGUUUGAUCCACCCUUCUAAAUACAACAUCCACGGCGAUACCGGUUUCUCCCACGGCGCCUACCACUCCAACCACCCCAACCAGGGCUUUUCGAAUCGCAACAAUCGUCGCGCCAAUAUCCCCGCUAUAAAUACCGCCGCGGCCGGUCACCCCUUCCAGCCAGGUACCCCGUCGGCCUUUGCCUCGCCGCAGUUUGCCAACUUUGGCGGCUUCCCGCAAGCCAAUGCCAACGGACACGUGCAGAACCACCAAAACCAUCAUCUCGGGAGUCCGACCCAAGGAAUGCAGAACCAUGGUCUGUAUCUGUCGACCGACGGCUUGGGCGCCCAGUUGAUGGGCGGCCCCCAGUCCCCCAUCAACGGUUUCAACCACACCACCCUCGGCAAUGCCGCCCUGGGCAGCCCGGCAGCCUCGAUCGCGCCGGGCAUCCUGUCCAGCACGAGUCGCACAGUGUACUUGGGAAACAUCCCCGCUGAAACAAGCGCGGAGGAAAUCCUGAACCACGUACGCAGCGGCCAGAUCGAGUCGGUCCGUCUGCUCCCCGAUAAGAACUGCGCCUUCAUCUCGUUCCUGGACAGCAGCUCCGCCACUCACUUCCACUCGGAUGCCAUCUUGAAGAAGCUGGCCAUCAAGGGCAAUGACAUCAAGGUCGGCUGGGGCAAGCCGUCUCAGGUCCCGACCUCGGUGGCGCUCGCGGUGCAGCAGUCGGGCGCAUCGCGCAACGUGUACCUGGGCAACUUGCCGGAAGAGACCACGGAGGACAACCUGCGGGAGGAGCUGGGAAAGUUUGGCCCCAUCGACACCGUGAAGAUUGUCAAGGAGAAGGCGAUUGGAUUUGUGCACUUCCUCUCCAUCAGUAACGCGAUGAAGGCAGUCACCCAGCUUCCCCAGGAGCCGCAAUGGCAGGCGCCCAAGCGCGUUUUCUACGGCAAGGACCGCUGCGCGUACGUCUCCAAAACCCAGCAGCAGAAUGCGGCGCAGUUCUUGGGCAUCGCUCCCGGUUACGCCCACGUGCUGAACUCGGCGGACCGCGACUUGAUCUCGAAUGCGCUGGCACAGCAGUCGGUGGCCGCGGCCGCCGUGGCCACGACCGCUGGCGGGGUCAACAACCUGGGCAACCGGACCAUCUAUCUGGGAAACAUUCACCCGGAAACUACCAUUGAGGAGAUUUGCAAUGUGGUGCGCGGUGGUCUGUUGCACCACAUCCGUUAUAUCCCCGACAAGCACAUCUGCUUCGUCACUUUCAUCGAUCCCACCUCCGCAGCUUCUUUCUAUGCUUUGAGCAACCUGCAGGGCCUAAUGAUCCACAACCGCCGCUUGAAGAUCGGCUGGGGCAAGCACUCAGGCCCUCUCCCACCGGCCAUCGCACUGGCCGUGAGUGGCGGUGCCUCCCGUAAUGUCUACGUAGGUAAUUUGGAUGAAGCUUGGGCCGAGGAGCGCUUGCGACAGGACUUUUCGGAAUACGGCGAGAUUGAGCUGGUGAACACGUUGCGCGAGAAGAGCUGCGCCUUUGUGAACUUCACCAACAUCGCCAAUGCCAUCAAGGCUAUCGAGGGCAUGCGCAACCGCGAGGAAUACCGCCGGUUCAAGAUCAACUUUGGCAAGGACCGGUGCGGUAACCCCCCGCGCCAGGCCGGAAACCAGGGCAACUCCCAGCAGAAUCGCAACGGCGGGGGUAUCGACGGCCCCCAGUCGUCCUCCCCUGCGCUGAACGGAUUCCAGCAGAACCUGAGCCAGUCAGGCUCUCAGUCCAGCCCGACGCGCCCAGCCCUCUCGCCCGCCCCCGGCUCUACGGGCUCCCAGAACGGCCAGCAGCAGCGUCACCCCCUGCAGAAUGUGUCCUCUCCUUCCGGUAUCCUCAAUGUGGGUUCGAAUAACCCACUGACCAUGUACCUGAACCAGAUCUCCGCCCAGCAAGCCCAGGACCAGGAGAACCGUCUGACCGACCCCAUGGCCCUGGCCGGCCUCCACGCCCAGCAGUCUCAGGCCCCGCCCCAGCAGUCCCUCUACAAUGGCACCAGCAAUGGCGACCUGUCCAACGGCUCUCGGGACGCCCCGCUGCACCAGCACCAGCACCAACACCAACACCAGCACGCGCACCACUCCUCGGGCACCGGCUAUCUCAGCGUCGCCGGCUCGGGUCCCGGUCACCACGCCACCGCCAGCACCAGCAGCCUGAGCGUGCCCCGCGCGCAGCACUCCCGCGCCGUCAGCUUGCCCUCCUUCUCACAGGAGCCCUUCGGCCCCGUCUCCGGCCAGUCGGGCCACAUCCGAUCCGGCGCCGCACACCAGCCCCAGGCGAGCUUCUCGAGCUUCUCGGGCCUCGGCGGUUUGAAUCAUUCUGGCUUUGGGCUGGCCAUUCAAAAUGAAAACUCCCUACCCGGCUGGGCGGAGGAGGAGAUUGGGGCGAAAUAA